UGAACCCGGUGGCAGCGCGCUCUCAACGUACACACACGGCACGCGCUGCAGCGAUGGCUCUGGCGGACAGCGCGCGCGGGGCCCCCGGCGGCGGCGGCGGCGGCGUCUCCAAAGAGCCCGCAUCGCUCUUUCCCGAGAUCAUCGAGCUCAACGUCGGCGGCCAGGUGUACGUAACGCGGCACAGCACUUUGACCGCGGUUCCCGACUCCCUCCUGUGGACCAUGUUCCGACAGAAGACCCCCCGCGAGCUGCCUCGGGACAGCAAGGGCCGCUACUUUGUGGACCGGGACGGAUUCCUCUUCCGCUACAUCCUGGACUACCUGCGCGACCUGAACCUCGUGCUGCCCGACUACUUCCCGGAGAAGUGCCGGCUGCAGAGGGAGGCGCAGUUCUUCCAGCUGCACGACCUGUGCGCGCGCCUCGCGCCCGCCGCCGUCAGCAAGGAGAACUCCGUCAGCGAGGACACGUGCGCGAGCGACCCGGACGAAGGCGCGCUGCCGUGUAGCACCGCCGCCGCCGCCGCCGCCGCGGAGUCGUCGCGCCGCCGCAGGUCCGGAUACAUCACCGUGGGCUAUCGGGGCUCCUACACCAUCGGCAGAGACAUCCAGACCGACGCCAAGUUCCGCCGCGUCGCGCGCAUCACCGUGUGCGGGAAGACCUCCCUCGCCAAAGAGGUGUUCGGGGACACCCUGAACGAGAGCAGGGACCCGGACCGGCCCCCGGAGCGCUACACCUCCCGCUAUUACCUCAAGUUCACCUUCCUGGAGCAGGCUUUCGACAGACUGACCGAGGCGGGCUUCCACAUGGUGGCCUGCAGCUCGACGGGGACGUGCGCGUACGUGAGCAACGACCCGGGGGAAGACAAGAUCUGGACGAGUUACACCGAGUACGUGUUCUGUAGAGACUGAGUGAGAGGGGCUUCGCUAGAGGGCGACAAAGCGCGGGAAAAGUGACGGGAGUGAAAAAACGUGUGUUGUUGUUGUUGUUGUUGUUGUUGUUGUUAUUAUUCUUAUUGAUCGUCGUCCAUUGCUCAUUUAAAUGACGCUUUCAUCACAUAUUAUUGUAACUCAGGGGAGCCCACCUUUAAUCCUCCAGGGCCAGUGUUUGUGACGGAUCUUGCUAAGCCUCUGCUCUCUUCAUUUUAUCAUGUUAUUAAUUGAGCUGUUGUUCUUUUACAUAAGCUGUUUCUGUUGUCUUCGUUGUAAUAAGAAUAAUAAUUUGGACAGCAAGACACGUUUAUUGAAGUUUUGGAAGUCAGUCAUAUCUUUACUGAAAUCUGUAUCGUAGAGGGGUGAGUGGGUAGGCAUGUGACACGCAUGACGGUAAACUAAGAUGUAAAAUCAAUUCAAUGUGUAUUGAUCUUCAGUUUAAUAUUAUGACAAGCAGAAGAUGCAGUUUUUGUCCUAACAUUGGUUUGUGAGGUAUUUUUGGCAGUUUCCUGACAGUUCUAAGUAGACUUGGAGCUUAGCUUCCUGAAGUGAUCAGUCUAUAAUCUUGACGUGUAAUUUAGUAGCGCUCAUCGCCACUGAAAAAGUUACUGUUUCUGAUCAGUACACGAGUGCAAGAUGGUCCGAACCCAGCGCUCUUUGAUACUUUUUAUUUUUGUCAAAUAACGACAGCUUCUUGGCACAUUAAUAUAUAUAUAUAUCCAUAAAAAUAGCCAUAUCAAUUUUACAUUUGCCUAAAUGGAGUCGUGCGCUUUCGUCUGGUGUUGUAUUCCUAAUUGGUUUAAAUAAAGUUUUGUUGACGUGAGUCAUUGCCGUUUUUCAGCAAUGGAGUUGCUGUUUGAUGCGAAACCUCCAUUUUGACACCUUGAGAAAUCUACAUGGAUUUUGGAUUCGCUGUUUGUUCACAUGUAUUGGGAGGGUUCUCUCGAUUUGGGCCAAAUCAAAUCAAAUGUGCCCGGGCAGUACUGGCUGUGACAGGAGGGCACAUUUUUAGAAAGUGUGAUUCACUGCACUUAUUAACAUAAUCAAAGCAUGCGUGCGAUUUCAACGCGCAAUGUACUUCUACGUCAAAUUAUCGUUUUGAAAUAAAUUUGUCUUAACAAUGCUUCUGUCACCUUUAUAACUUCAAUUUCAAGAGAUGAGUUGAUAUCACCAAUUUAAAAUGGGUAGUAAAAAGGCGCGAACAUCGGUUUUUAGUUAGAUAUUGAUUUAAAGCCUUAGUAUGUAGAACGAAAAUGAUUUGCUUAACUCUGCUACAAGUGUUUGUGUACCCUCACCCUGUGCUAUCCCUCAAAUUAUGAUUAAUUUUAC